UGAGAGGCCGAGACCAAGCCCUCGCCUCUGGAAGCCUUUGAGCUCCGAAUGGAGCGAGUAUAGACACCCACCGCGGGGCCUAGAGCGUCCUCAUCCGGGCCUCUCUUCCGUUCCAAGCCUUGGAGAAACAGAGUGGAAGGCUGAGAAGGAGAAGCGUCCCAAAGGAAUUCCCCGGAUGUAGGGCCUUCCAGCGAGGGGAUGGAAAGAGCGGAAGUGGAAGGAGGCGGGCCACCGAGAGGAGUGGGAGGAGCGUCGCGGGAAGAGAGGGAGGCCUCCUCGGCGCCCGGAGCAGGGAGCGAUGCCGAGGACGGCGGUGAAGGAGGAGGAGGAGGAGGAGGAGGAGGGGCCUCGGGGCGCCGCUCCCUCCCUCCCUUUGAGGGGGUGAAGUGGCCCAGGCGUCCCAGCAUGGCCUCCGGGGCACCCGGGCCGCCCUGACCGGCCGCGUCGCCCUCCUCGCCCCCGCCGCCUGCCUCUCCCCCGCCUCGGAUGUCGGCCGCUCUGGCGCAAGGGCUCCGCGCUGCUCCCCGGGCCCCACGGACGGAGGGGGACGCAUGGCUCCCCGGGGGUGGAGUGGCCGCCUUGCCUCCCAUGGCACCCCCGCCGUGCCUUUGGGCCGGCCCCGGAGAAGGCCCGCGCUGCGCAGAAGACCCCAGGGGCCGGCACCCCGCCGCCCCCCACAGCGGGACUCCUGCGGGCGCCCCCCUCCCCUGGGACCCCCUGGAAGUCGCCUGUGGGGCCCAGGGGCAGGACCUGGGCAUCGAGCUCCGGGACGAAUGGGGCUCCGGAACAACGGCGGAGGACGACCACGGCUGCCAAGGGCUGGGCGGCCAAGGCGAGGAAAAAGUGGACCAUUCCUACAGUCGCCUCGAAAGACACAACGGAAGCCAGGUGGGCGCAGUGACGGCAGAGCUCGGCCUCCCACCAACCAAAGAUGGACCCGGGGUGGGUAGUGUGCCUGUGCAAGAUGGCGUCUCCCCACAUCAAAAUGGUAUCCCUUUCCUCCAAAAUGUCUUCCCUCCCAUCAUAGAUGAUCCCUCCCUUCUCCAAAAUGGUGUCCAUCCACUCAGAAAUAUCCUUGUUCCGCCAACUGGAGAUGGAUCUGUUGAGAAUCUACAAAAUAGCAUCUCUUCCCUCCAAAAUAGCUUCUCCCAUGAUGCCCUUCCACCAACCAACAAUGGAUCUGGGGCAGUAAGUGUGGCUUUUCAAAACAGCAUCUUUCCCCACCAAAAUGGCAUCCCUCCCCGCAGAAAUAUCAUUCCGCCAACUAGAGACAGAUCCAGUGCAAAUCUACAAAAUUGUGGUUCUUGUGAGCUCAGCCUCCUGCUAACCAAAGAUGGACCCAAGGCACAUAGCAUCACAUUACAAAAUGGUGCCCCUCCUCUCCAUAAUGGCAUCAUUCCAUCCACUGAAAGUGGAUCCAAUGGCAGCGCUACCCUUCAAAAUCUCAUUCUACUAAUCAAAAGUAACACAACCCUACAAAAUGGUGUUUCUCCUCUCCAAAAUAUUGUUCUUCCACCAACCAGAGAUGGAUCAAUUGAGGAUAGGAUGUUUUUUCAAAUUGGUGCCUCUCCCUUCCGAAAUAUCACUGUUUUGCCAACUGGAGACAGAACCAUAGAAAACAGUACAACUCUACAAAAUGCCAUCGCUUCCCUUCACAAUCCCAUCCUUCCGCCCACCAGAGACCGGGAUAUGAACAAUAGGAGAUCUUCCCUUCCGAUUGAUGGAGAAUCAGUCAUGUUGGAGGAAGGAAACGAAACUCUUUCUGCAGAAAGCUGCAAGAUAAACAUUGAUUCAUAUUCUCCCCUACUCCACCAUGACCCUGAAUCUGACAAAAGUGCGUCGUCGCAAGAGAAGCAUCUGGAGACAACCAAGAUGGCCGACAAGGAUUUAUUCUCUUUGCCAGUAGAGGCUGACCUCACUUCCGGUGUGUCUCUCGAUGGAGAACGCCUUGGGGACUAUAGGAUACCUUUGCCCCUUAACAAAGAAAUCCCACCCGCAAGUCAGAAUGGCAAUGAGAUCUUUGGUCUUGAAACCAGGAGAAAUAAUAUGGCGGAAGCAUUCAAGCCUAGUGUCCCGUACGUAGACGACCUCUGCCUGCGCCUUGAGACAUGGACCAUUACGGAAGACACCGAAAUAAUUGCAGAAAGGGAAGUUGACAAGUCCAGUGAAAUUACGCAUAUUUCGGUCCGUACACCUGAAGAAACUCAACAAGAGCAGGAAAUGGAUAAUAGGACUCAAACUUCGUUCCUCACACCUGAAGGAACUCUAACAUCGUCCGAUGGAGACGCCUCUCUGAAAGAAAGUCCCGAUCCUUCAGAGCCUUCUGUGGAGAAAGUGGAGAGGAUGACCACUGGAUUUCCUGCCGACGAGGAAGAAAUCACGCGACCUUUCAAGAUGAUGGGAAAUACUGCAGACGUUGGCGAAACUCUUCCUGACAAUCCCUCCAAAAGGACAGCAAGUUCGGCUUUAAGAAAUGGAUGCUCGCUUCAAGAUAUCUCGAUGCGUCCUCCUCUGAAAUGCCUCAAUGGCGUGUCUUCUAGUCGAACAAAACGGAGGAAAAUACUAGAAACUGAGAUCCCUUUCGGUGGAUUUUCCAGACGAACGGAGAGCGUUGUGGACCAUAAUAGAGCCCUCCACCAUCAUUGGGGGUCGCCAGAAUGGCCGAAAACAUCUGUGGAAAGCUCCAGUCAACGACCGUUGAGCGAACCGAUUCCCUCUCAAAUUGUUCGGUCGAUUCACAGCGUCCAACGAUAUGUCAACGAUUGCCCUCUUCGAACAAUAAAACUCCCAUUUUGCUUAUCAAAAAUGGCCGCUGAAGUGCCACAAACGUCUGCAUCCAAUAUGGAUUCCCCUAGAAGGAUGUCCGGAGAGUGUAUUGCCUCCUUGGUGGACAUUUUCAGGCCUAGCAAAUGUGCUAAAGAGACGAGGCUUUUGAGGAAGCUGUCCGCACUCGCCGAUACGAUUUCACCUCCUUGGAGGUUGAAACCCGCCUCGAAUAUCCCUAAAUUUGGACGCAAAAUGAUACCGGAUCUGUUAUCCUCUGUAGCGAAUGUCCAGAAGUCCAAUUUGCAGUCAUCCUUCUCGUUAUUUCCCCUCGAAUCAGCCAACAUUUGUAUCUUGGACUCGAGAUCGAAAUUACCGUUCACCAUGCCGUCAUUCCAGUUCAAAAUGGCACCCGCUCCUGUACAGAAAUCAACGCUGUCUUGGAAAGAAAUGCCCUUUGAGUGGACGUUCUCCUUCCUCUUGUCCCAAAGUAUUACGGGUGUGAUACCGAACUUGUCCCCCGUGAAAAAAGAUGGUGGGUGCCCAGUCGGACUCCGGACCGUUCUGGCGCUGUUCUCGCCCGGUUAUUCCCGCCUCUGGGCCCGGAAAUGGCGCCUCCCGGUCCGGAGGCUGACCUUCUUCCAGUUCACGGGGGCUUCAAAGGACCCGAACUCGCUGCGCUUCAAUCUCUUUGCAUCCUUGCUCUCCACAACCUUCGACAGUGGGCUCCCCACGUGGAGACCCCUCGACCCUCCUUCCUCCAAAGUCCUGCCUCUCCGCUCGCCGCAGGAAGAGACUUCGGCGUCUUCGCCAUUUCCGUCGCCGUGGAUGUGCCUCGACCUCCAGAACAGCUCUGCCAUGUUGCCCCCGGCGACUGGAAAGUCGAUGGAACUUCCUCCAAAGAAUACCAGGUGGGAGACUUCCUUUUCCGCCUUGACGCCGACCUUCCUGUCGACCCCAGAGCCACCUUGGUCUCACCUUCCGGUCCCAGCAUUUCCUGUCCGGAAUCCAUUGGAAGAACUGGAGGUCCCUGUCCCCGCCCCCCCUCAGAGCGCCGAACCGGAGAAGAAGAAGCCAAAGAAGGUCUCCCAGAUCCGGAUCCGGAAGGCGAUCCCGAGGCCGGACCCCAACCUGACCCCGAUGGGCCUCCCGAGACCCAAAAGGUUGAAGAAGACCGAGUUCAGCUUGGAGGAGAUCUACACCAACAAGAACUACAAGGCCCCCCCGGCCACAAGGUCCCUGGAGACCAUCUUUGAGGAGCCCAAGGAGCGCCGCGGCGGGGGGGCCUGGCAGUGGGUCAGCCACCAGAAGCGCAGGCGCGUCCUCGACUUCCCGGACUUCACGCUCCCCCGGAAGCGCCGCCCGCGCGGGAGGCUCCGCCCGCCCCUCCAGGGCUUCACCCGGGCCCAGAAGGCCGCGCCGGGCGGGCGGGAGCUGGACGCCCUCCUCUGCCAGAGGCUCGCCGACCUCGAGGACUUCUGCGCCCGCCACGACCACCCCGGGAGCUGAGCCCCGUCCGUGCCCCUUGAGACCUGGACCACGGGCACCAUCCCAUCGGCCUUUCAAGGGGGGCUCCCAUCCGAACCAGAGCCGGCCACGGGCCUUUCAGGAUGGCCGCGUCUUCAUACUCCUCCGAGAGCGAUGGCCGUGGAUGUCUUUUCAAGAUGGCCGCUGCCCGCUGCAAAGUUCAUCCGUUCCGCUUCUUGUUUGCAGAGGUUUUCUCGUUUCCUUCUGAACGAGUCGGAUCAGGAAAAAAAUCCCACUGAUUUAAGCGUAGGACGUGAAGAAGAUCCAAAUGUAUUUUGCUCCAAACACGUCUCGCUAUUUAGUGUAGGAAUGUUAUAUUUCACGAACUCUUACUUUUCUUCUCGUGUUUUGGGGACUCGUUUCCUUCCCAAACGAGCCUGGGAUGAGCGCUUUUUUCCGACUCAAUCAAUACCUCCAUUAACGAACUCUUACAGAACCCAACAAAUUAAAGAGCAGUAAUUAAAUCGUAAUUAAUGAAACCUUGGGCCUUAAAAACUGGAUUACACACAAUUGUGCCUGAAAAAAAGAAGAAAAUUAUAUAUAUUCCAGUCAUUGAAUUCCCCCCCCCACACACACAGACACACACAUAGUCCCAUUUUAUGAGAUUCGUCUCAUUUUACGAUCCUUUCAAUCAUCUUGUUUUUGAUUAUUUUCAGAUCCUUUUUUGUCCCAUAAUGGGAUUAUUAUGAUGAUUUUCCCGGAAUGUUCCGUUUCUCGUUUUUUGUGAUACGACCUGGGCCGUUGAUGAAUUGAUCCAUCUAUAUAUAUAUUAUAUAUAUAUAUAUAUAUAGCCUUUCCACACCCAACUUUUUUUUCCAAUUCCUGGAACAUUACGGAACUUUCUAGAAUGUUCUGUUGCCCAUUUUUUGCCGCUUUCCUUGAAUGUGAAUACUUUUUCUUUCUUUUUUUUCUUACCAUAUUUUGUUUGCGUUCUUUCUUUUCAGAAUACAGUUACAGUUUUCUUUAUUUCGAGGUUCCGAAUGAGGGGUUUUUUUUGUUGAUGUUAAAUUUCCAGGCAAAGAUGUCUAUAUUGAGUUAUAAAUUUGCACAACCAAUUUCCCUCCCUCCCGUCGUGGAUUUAUAAUUAAUUCCUAGUAAACAAAUAAAUAAAUAUCAGAAUAUGAAAAGACGUCCUCGUUUUCCUCUCCCUUCCUCCCUUUUCCCCCCUUGUAAUUUAAAUUAUGGAAAAUAUAUUUAAAAUAAUAAAAAAUAAUAAUUAACAUUUCAAAUAA